AUGACAGGCAAGCUUGUGGCCGCGGCCCUGCAGCGAGACAUCGAAUCUCUCGCUAGUUUUGUGAAAACUGUUGGACAGGGGGUUCGUGCAAAACCUCGAGACGAUAGUUGGACCGAUUUACAGAAUCGGAAUGCGCUUGUUUCAGUCAAAGAGCAUCUCAACAUGGUUCAUGAUAAAAAAGCUGAAACCGAUCUCUUGAUAGAUCGCAUGGAUUGCAUUCUUUCGUACUUGAAGGCACAGGGUAUUAACAAUGGACCGCAAGAAAAAGUCCUGGAAUCGCACCGCACAUCCUGGGACGAAUCUCAACGAGAAGCACCAUCUAUCGCCCUGAAGAUAGCCCCCCUAGUCAAAGCACAGGGUGCCAGAACAAAGAGCGACAUCCAGAGUUAUGAGGCGACAGUGCGAAAGUUUCUUGAAGAGGUUGACUCAGCACCAUUCAGAGUGUACGCUACUGGUGUCACUAAGGCUCUGGAACUUUUAGCUACUAUGACGGACGGUUACGAGAAAGAGGAGAUCCGGUGCAAGGAUAUGAUCCACCUCGCUAACAUGUUCGAGUGUCCAGCCGACAUUGCUGCUUCUACUGAUUUGCUCAGCUCGGCUGGAAACACACUGAGCAAUUAUCGGGGCCUCUGGGCGUGUGCUGGCGAGUGCAGUGCCUAUAUUGAGGAGGCUAGUGAGCUUACGUGGGAAGAUCUCGAUGCCAACGGACUGGAGGAAAAUGCUAAACUGAUAUUAACCAAGGUGAAGCAACAGCCUCUCGUGGUAAAAGAUUCCGACGCCUAUCGUGGCUUAGAACGUUCUUCUAAAGAGUUUUUAAUGACCUGCCCGCUUGUAGCUAGCUUGCGGCAGCCAACCAUGCGCGAGCGUCACUGGGACGAGCUAAGAAGAAUCACAGGUGAGCGAGGCGCAGAGUUAUCCAUGCCGAGUGCCGUCGUGGGAUUGAAGCUGCGAAAUCUUUUGAGCCUGGAUCUUCAUCUCCAGGCGACUGCGGUUGGCGAUAUAACUGACAAGGCAGCCCGCGAGGCAGCGCAUGAAGAAACGCUUCGAGGACUCUCUGCUACAUGGGAUGCGGUCUGUUUCAAAAUGACAUACUAUAAGCAGACAGACGUACCGUUAUUAAAAAUAGCAGAAGAAGAUACCGAUCAACUCGAGUCUGAUCAACUAGCCUUGCAAGGCAUGGUCGCAAGCCGAUAUGAUUACUUCAAGCCCCAGGCUGUUGAAUGGCAGCGAGCCCUGGUGGCGGUAUCUGAUGUUGUUCAAAUGCUCGCUGAUAUACAGCGGACUUGGUCCUACCUAGAGCCGCUCUUCAUCGGGUCCGACGAAGUAAAACGUGAGCUUCCAGAAGAAGCGGUGCGUUUUGCAUCGAUAGACCAACAGGUACGGACGAUCCUCAAAAAUAUGGCCGAAAUUCGGAAUGUCAAGCAAGCCUGCCAACAAUCGGGCCUCUUGCAACGUCUCGAAAGUAUGAACACGGACCAAGAUGUCUGUAAGAAGGCCCUGGCCGACUUUUUGGCGGGGAAGCGUCGCAUCUUCCCUCGGUAUGUCGUCGACGUCUGUGAAGCGGACCUGCUAGACAUUCUUUCAAAUGGGUCUUCCCCUCACAAAGUAAUGCGACAUAUAGAUAAGGUGCUUCUCGCAACAGCCCGGCUGCAACUCGAGAACGUCCCAGAUAGUCGGCCUCGUGCCACUAUCUUCGUGUCUGGUAUUGGAGAGGAACAAGUCGAUUUUGAACCUGCCGUGCCACUGGAGGGCAAGGUAGAAGUCUAUUUACAAACCAUCCUCACAGCACAGGUGGAGACUCUUCAGAAGAAUCUCGAGAGAUCACGCAAGAGAUACCCUCUGCGACCACGAACUGAGUGGUUUCUGGAUGCAAAUGCAGACGGCCAAUCUUCGGAUCCGGCUCAAAUUGCGCUUUUGGUAGCGGGAAUUCAGUCAGUUCUAGGAGUAGAAGAUGCAAUGGACUCGAUCGAGCAAGGCGAGGCUAACGCCCUGCAAGUGUAUGCAGAUAGACAACGGCAGGAUCUUGUCGACCUGGUGAGGUUGACACAAACAAACCUCAAGGGCGGUGAGCGCCAGCGUGUCAUGUGUCUGAUCACCAUGGAUGCACACACACGCGAUGUGCUUGGCAAAUUACUGAGGGAAAAGGCCCUCCGAAAAAGUGAGUUUCAGUGGCAAUCGCAGCUAAAACAACGUUUUGUCGAGAAGGAAGAAGCCGGUCUCGUGGUGGCUCUAACUGAAGUGCAUGUUUGCGACGCACGCUUCGACUAUGGUCUGGAGUAUCUCGGUAACGGUUCUCGGCUCGUAGUUACCCCUCUGACGGACCGCUUUUAUGUGACCGCAACGCAAGCUCUCCAUCUAAAAAUGGGAUGCGCCCCGGCUGGACCUGCAGGAACUGGUAAAACCGAGACGACAAAAGAUCUUGCAUCGGCCCUGGGGAAAUGUUGCUACGUGUUCAAUUGCUCGCCAGAAAUGGAUUAUCAAUCCCUUGGUAAUAUCUUCAAAGGCUUAGCUGCCAGUGGCUCAUGGGGUUGCUUUGAUGAAUUCAAUCGACUUAUCCCCGAGGUUCUAUCCGUGUGCACCGUGCAGUUCAAGGCAGUUUGUGAUGGCACUGCACGUUAUGAUAACGAUCAGCUAACAACGCACCACGUCAUUAUAGAGGGUGAUCAAGUUAAUCUUGAUCCAACUUGCGGAGCGUUUAUAACAAUGAAUCCUGGUUACUUGGGUCGGUCGGAGCUGCCCGAAGGCCUGAAGGCACUUUUCCGUCCCAUGACAGUAAUGGUACCGGAUCUUGUUCUUAUUUGUGAGAAUAUGCUCAUGGCCGAGGGCUAUGUCGCAGCCCGAAGUCUCGCAUCUAAAUUUUACGGCCUGUAUUCACUACUCCGUGACUUACUUUCUAAACAGUCGCAUUAUGAUUGGGGUCUGCGUGCGGUGAAAUCGGUCCUCGUGGUAGCAGGCCACCUCAAGAGAGCUGAACCAGGGCUGCCGGAGGAACAGCUGCUCAUGCGCGCACUUCGUGAUUUUAAUAUACCUAAGAUUGUUCAGCAAGAUGAGGUCGUAUUUUUUGGCUUGCUGAAUGACCUAUUCCCUGGUGUAGAUCCUCCAAGAGUGGUGGAUGUAAGUCUCACCCGAUGCAUUAUAAAAGCCACCGAAGAUUCCGGUCUUUGGCCUGACCAACAAUUCACGCUCAAAGUUGCACAACUCGAUGAGCUCUUGGCGAUUAGACACUGCGUUUUUGUCAUGGGACCGGCAGGUGCUGGAAAGUCAACAUGUUGGAAGACGCUGUCCCGCGCACGAGGCAACAAGGAUCCACAGCGCAAAGUUCGGGUCGCCCACCUAAAUCCCAAAGUGCUGCCCACUGAAGAUUUAUAUGGUCACAUUGCACUCCAAUCACGUGAGUGGAAAGACGGUCUCCUGAGCUCGAUCAUGCGAGACCUCGGCCAAAUAGAAGAUGACAAGCCCAAAUGGUACACUGCCUCGGCUUUCGUAGGCGAUCUCGAUGCUAAUUGGAUUGAGUCCAUGAACUCAGCAAGUUACAGUGUUAUGGAUGACAACAAAAUGCUCACCCUGGCCUCGAAUGAGCGCAUCCCCUUGAAGCCGCACAUGCGCAUGCUCUUUGAGAUCCGAGAUCUUCGCUUUGCCACACCAGCGACGGUUAGUCGUGCGGGAAUCAUCUACAUUAGCACCGACGACGGCAGUUUGUGGCACUCCAUAAUUGCCUCAUGGUAUACUCGGAUCAAAGUAAGGCGGCAAGUCUCGGAGCGCGCAAAAAAAGCACAUGCCUCUAGAGGUGAAUGGGCCCCCGAGCUCUUUCAAAAAUAUGUGCGUGUCACCUUGGAAUAUUUGCAUCAGAAUGUUAAAGCUGUCGUGCCCGUUGAAGAUAUGGCGCUAAUAUCCGGGCUUCUGCAGAUGUUGGAAGGGGUAGUAGUUUCUGAGAUUGCCAAUGACAAGUUCAAAUUAGAAACGACAUUUGUUUUCUGCGCUGUGUGGGCGUUCGGCUCCGCUCUAACUAUGACAGAUGACGGGUCCGAUAACAAGAAACUUUUCAGCGACUGGUGGAAGAGUCAGUUUAAGCAAGUCCGGCUCCCGACGCGAGACACAGUCUUUGACUACUGGCUCGAACCGGCCUCGAACAAGUUCGAACCUUGGCGCCAAAGCCCUUCGUUUCACACUGUCGAGUUCGACUCCCGAAUCAUGAAAAUGGACCAAGUGACGGUACCUACUACUGAAACAGCAAGUAUAUCCCACUGGAUGGACUUGCUCGUGCGCCGACGUCGGCCGAUCUUGCUUGCAGGCCCUAGUGGCACUGGCAAGACCCAGCUUAUUGCCGGGAUGCUACGUGAGCUCCCCCCCGCUGAGUUCAUUAGUAUUGGCAUCAAUUUAAACUAUUACAGUACCGCAACUGUUUUGCUCGGUUCGCUGGAAGCACCCCUGCAAAAGCGCACUGGGUCGACCUUCGGGCCUCCAGGUUCAACACGCCUCAUUUACUUCAUCGAUGAUUUGAAUUUGCCGCAGCUCGACAAGUACGACACGCAGUCCGCGAUUGCUUUGAUGCGCCAGCACCUUGACUAUGCCAGCUGGUACGACCCAAACAAGCUCACCCUGAAAACUGUCGUCGAUUGCCAAUACGUUGCGUGUAUGAACCCAACAGCUGGUUCGUUUCUGGUCAACCCAAGGCUCCAGCGACACUUUUCAACGUUCGCAGUGGGCAUGCCCAGUGCGACGAGCCUUUUGACAAUAUUCCAAACAUUCUUGGAUGGUCAUUUGAAGAACGAAGGAUUUCCCGCUGCCGUUUGUAAUUUGGCGUCAAAUCUCAUUAAGGGGGCGCUUGCUGUUCAAAAAGAGGUUCACGACAGCUUUCGGAAAACUGCAAAAAAUUUUCACUAUGAGUACUGUCGCCUCGUCCAACUGCGACAUCUGGCAAGCGUGUUUCGAGGUCUGCUCCUCGCGCGUCCUCAAGUUGCCCAGUUUGACAUGCCUGAACGACUCGUGUUCUUGUGGGUUCAUGAAUCUGAACGUACAUACGGCGAUCGACUUGUUUGCGAAGCUGACCUCUCGCGAUUCAAAUAUAUCCUCCAGACAUCAGCCAAAAAAGCGUUUCCGACUAUCGGAACGGCUCAUUUCUUUGGCGAGCAGGCGGCUGCUCUCGGUUCUACACCACUUUGCUUUUGUCACGUCAGAGAUAGUGCGACUCUUGACGAACCGGCCUACGGAAUGGUAGAGGACACGAAAGUCUUGCGUAACUGCUUCGAACGCGCCCUGAACGAAUACAAUGAAUUUCAUCCUACGAUGGACCUGGUCCUGUUUCGAGAUGCUCUUUUGCACGUGGCCCGCAUCACGCGUGUGGUACUCCAGCCUGCGGGACAUGCUCUGCUCGUUGGCGUGGGUGGUAGCGGCAAGCAGAGUCUUGCUCGUCUCGCGGCGCAUGUAUGUAACCAUGUGCUGAUGCGCAUUUGUAUCACAUCGACUUAUGGCCUCGGGGAAUUCAAAAUGGACCUGCAGAAUAUGUUUGCGCGUGCAGGCAUCAAGCAGGAGGGCGUAGUGUUUCUGUUCACUGAUUCGCAGGUGACAAACGAAAGGUUUCUCGUCUACCUCAAUGACCUCCUCGCAUCGGGAAAUAUCCCUGAGCUGUACAGCAAAGACGAGAGAGACAAUGUUUCGUCGCUUGUCGAAGGAAAGGCGAAGGCGGCUGGCGUUUCAACAGACGCGGCAGCCUGCUGGCAAUUUUUUCUCGCACAAGUUCGUGCAAAUCUCCAUGUGGUGAUCUGCUUCUCGCCCGUGGGUCCUGAUUUUGGAACGUAUGCAAAGCGAUUUCCCGCCCUGGUGAACUGCACGACAAUUGACUGGUUCCAGCCGUGGCCAACCGACGCUCUGGAAUCAGUCGCAGAAAAGCAACUCUCCGAGAUAGAGUUCAAGUCCCCGGUACUGCGUGCCGCUAUUGAGAAAUUCAUGCCUUUGAGUUUCGAGAUGGCAAGCCAAGCUGCUGCUCGCUACCAGCUAGAGGAGGGAAGGUUCGUGUAUUUGACACCGAAGAGCUAUCUCGAGAUGCUCGGACUUUAUCAGACUUUACUCCAUCGUCGACGUGAAGAAAACACGACUGCAACCGUGCGCCUCGAGAACGGCAUCUCGCGCCUAAGGGAUGCGGCUUCUGCUGUUGGCACUCUUGAGCAAGAACUUACAAUCAUGGUCCAGGCCGCUGAUGAGAAACGCGAACACAGCGAAGCAAUUGCGGCUCGAGUCGCAUCAGAGAAGAUGGUCGUUGAGCGUGAGACUGAUAAGGCGAAUGAAGAAGCCGGCAAGGUAGCAACAAUUCAAGCUGAGGUGCAACGUCAAAAUGAAGACGCGGAACGUGAUUUGGUUGCGGCAGAACCGGCAAUCCAAGCGGCGACUGCUGCGCUUGAUACGUUGGAUCGAAGAGACCUCGGCAGUUGUAAGACAAUGGCGACGCCGCCCAAGGGUGUUGGCGACGUGUUCAGCGCUGUCUGCGUCUUACUCGCUGGAAUCAACCAGAGCGUGCUGGUGCAACGUAGCGGGAAAGUCAAGGACAAAGACCGAAGCUGGGACGCAUGCAAAAAAUCAUUGCUUGGCAAUGUCAAUGGACUUCUUGACGAGCUCAAGAAAUUUAAGAGUCUAAUAGACCAGGAUUGUGUUCCCAAGGUCAAUUUUCAGGAAGUACGGCCAUAUCUUUUACUGGAGCACUUCAAUGAAGAAGCCAUGAACAAAAAGAACUCAGCAGCUGCUGGUCUUGUAGGUUGGGUAAAAAACAUAGUCACCUACUACGAUAUCUGGCUUGAUGUCGAACCAAAGCGCACGAAGGUUGUAGAAUCGACUCGGCAAUUGGAGAGCGCAAAUGCGGAGCUUGCCGUUGUGCGGGAACGAGUCGAUGAGCUUCAGGCGCAGCUUGACCAGCUAACGGCGGAGUAUGAGCAAGCAGAGACCGACAAGCGAGAGGCAGUGGACACUGCCGAGCGAGGCCAACUCAAAUUGGAAUUGGCACAGCGCCUGAUCAAUGCGCUUGGGUCUGAAGAAGUGAGGUGGGUAAAUGGGGUUGAGCGCCUUCGAUUCGAGCAAGAGCCUCUUGUCGGAGAUGCAUUGGUGGCUGCCGCGUUCAUUUCCUUAGGUGGUCCGUUCAAUAAGGCAUUUCGCAACGCGCUCCUAGAAGAAUCCUGGACGCCGUAUCUUCGGUCAGCUGUCGCCGGGGGAGCUGUGCCCAUGCGCCAGCUCGAUACUACGACUACUGUCGUGACGCUCAUUGCAGCGGAAGCAGAGGUAGCAGGAUGGAACACGGAAGGGCUACCUCGUGAUCCUGUGUCGUCGGAAAAUGGCGCGAUAGUGACGAGCUCUAAGCGCUGGCCGCUCAUGAUCGACCCGCAACUCCAGGGGGUUGCGUGGAUCAAGACACGCGAGGUCGGUCGUUUGCGCGUGCAGCGGCUCGGCCAGUCUGAGCUUUUGCCUGGCCUACGUGCAGCCAUGGCGGGAGGAACAUCAGUUCUCAUCGAGAAUAUGGGGGAGCGCGUAGAUGCCGUCCUGUUGCCGGUAUUACAAAGGGCCGUACUCAAGAAAAGUGGCCGCGAGUUCAUUGCCCUUGGAGAUGAUGAAACUGAGUAUACUCAGGGCUUUCGACUUAUUCUUCACACGAAACUCUCAAAUCCGCACUAUCCCCCGGAGCUACAAGCCGAAUUGACUCUCGUAAACUUUACUGUGACCCCUCUUGGGCUCGAAGAUCAGUUGUUAAGCCUCGUGAUCCGCAAGGAGCGACCUGAUCUUGCUGCUAGAAAGGCAGCGGUAAUACACCAGGGAAAUGAGUUUAAGGUCAGAAUCAAACAGCUCGAAGACGAUAUUCUUGUCAAGUUGAGCACAGCGGAGGGCGAUAUUACCGAAGACCGCGCACUCAUUGAAGGCCUGGAAAGUGCCAAACAGCAAAGUUUGGAUGCAUCCGCACGGCUCGAAGAAGGGAAACAGAUAACUACGUCUAUAAAUGAGACGGCCGAGCGCUACCGUGGGGUUGCCAAGCGUGGAGCCACAAUUUUCUUUUUAAUGAACUCCUUGCAUCGCAUCCAUACGUAUUACAUCUACAGUUUGAAUGCAUUUGUUGUGAUGUUUCAGCACGGCAUCGAGCUUGUUCACGAAGCUGAGCGGAAAGCGAAAGUGGCAAAAAAGCCUAAGACCAUGCUUUCCAAGCUCAAGGCCGCGACUACGAAGAUAAUCCAGAUGCAAAGAUUCAAUUGGAACGAAGAUUUACUUCGACAGUCCUCCUUAGCAGGGCAGCAAGAUCUUCUCGCGCUGAGCACUCAAAUGCUGCAAAAGAAAAACAUUGAAGAAAAGAACGACCUCUCUCCGGAUGAAUUCGAGAAGCGCUGUGCGAGUCUUGCGAUUUCUAUUACUACCGUCCUUUUUAGAUACAUCGAGCGUGGAGUCUUUGCUCGCGACCAACUCACAGUGGCCACGCUUCUUGCAUUUGCGGUGGCGGACACAUCGGGGAACCUGAACACGGCUCAGCUACUUCGCUUGCUUUCUCCCAAAGAGGCUCUAGAACCCGCAGGUAUGGCGGAAGACGUCGCAGCUUGGCUUCCUGAAAGAAUCUGGGCACAAUUAAAGGGGCUUGAAGAUGGAGCCGCAGACGGUCUUGGUCUGGAUGCACUUGCAGACCUGGGAGACCAGGUGAACAGUGAACCUGACGAGUGGCACGACUGGUAUGAGCACUCAGAACCUGAAACGCAACCAUUCCCGGGAAACUUGAAAUCGCUGUCUGGUUUGGCGCGCCUUCUCAUACUUCGCGCCAUGCGAACCGACAGAAUACCCGCAGCACUUCGAGCCUACGUAGCAAAUCAGCUUGGUCCUUCCUUCUCGCAGCCUCAAGCGUUUAACAUGCUAAGCGCAUAUAUGGAAAGUUCAGCGUCAACGCCUAUUUUCUUUGUGUUGUUCCCAGGUGUUGACCCAACUCCCUGGGUAGAGUCACUCGGAUUUGGCUUCGACAUAAGCGUUCAAAAAGGCACACUGAGCAAUAUUUCCAUGGGUCAAGGUCAAGAAACUCCCGCAGAAGCAACACUUGAUCGAAUGGCGAGACAGGGCGGCUGGGUUAUGCUUCAAAAUAUACAGUUGAUGGAGUCGUGGCUACCAAAGCUGGAACGUAAACUCGAGCUUGCAAGUGAGACGGCCGCCAUGAAUUUCCGCUGCUUCCUCAGCGCAGAACCUCCCCCACUUCCGCAUCUUUCUAAUCUCCCCGAGAGCCUGUUGCAAACCUGCAUCAAAGUUGCUAAUGAGGCCCCGGCAGAUCUCAAGUCAAAUUUGCAGCGUGCGUGGGCAUGCUUUUCUCAAGACCAACUUGAUGCAUGCCACCACACAGCCGAGUUCCGUCGAUGCUUGUUUGGGCUUAGUUUUUUCCAUGCUCUUAUUCUUGGCCGUCGCAGAUUUGGACAACAGGGCUGGAGCCGUUCAUAUGGUUUCAAUACAGGUGAUCUUAAGAUUUGUGCCAAUGUGCUGACCAGUUACAUGGACAAAGCACCGGAAGGGAGUGACGGACGGGGUGUCUCAGUGCCAUGGGAUGAUCUUCGAUACAUUUUCGGCGAAAUUAUGUACGGCGGUCACAUAACCGACUUCUGGGAUCGCCGGACGAACGUUUCCUACUUGUCUGCGCUGUUCAACGAACAAUUACUCAAGCCCGGGGCGGAACUUGCGCCAGGAUUCCCCUCUGCCAGUGGAACAUUAGAUCAUCAGGGUUAUGUUGCCCACAUAGACCAGUCACUACCCUCUGAGACUCCCGUCCUUUUUGGGCUGCACCCAAAUGCAGAAAUUGGAUACCUGACUUCCACUGCCGAGAGUAUUUUGGGGAUAGUGCUGCGCCUGCGUCAAGGUGGGGCCGCUACCGUCGACAACCGCGGUGAGAAUGGUGGUGGUGUGGGAGAGGUCCUAGAUUCGCUAGAGCAGAGACUACCGGGUCGGUUUAAUUUGCCAUCCGUUCAAGACAAGGCAAAGCCGCUCUUGACCGAGCCUCUGGCUCCGUAUGUCGUCGUCGCUACGCAGGAAGUGGUGCGGAUGAACAGUCUUGUAGAAGAAAUUGCACGCAGCCUUGGCGAGCUGCGCAAGGGACUAAACGGACAGCUGAACAUGUCCCAGCAGAUGGAAGACCUGGCCUCCGCCCUAUCUCUGAAUGAAGUGCCUGGGCGCAAUCCAUUUCAUUUGGCAUCGUGGGAGAAGCUUGCCUGGCCAAGCAGGAAAAACCUACAACACUGGUUUCAUGACUUGGAGCAACGUAUAGAACAACUCGUCACUUGGGAGGCAAAGCUUGAAUUGCCCACUUCUUUGUGGCUGGCCCUGUUCAACCCCACUGCCUUUCUGACUGCGAUACAGCAGGUAGUUGCUCGGAAGAAGAAUCUUCCACUCGACAACAUGACGACGGAAACAAAUGUUACGACAUACCGCCGCCCAGAUGAUCUGGAGGUCCUCGUGGACAAGAGACCACCUGACGGGGCUUUUAUCCAUGGCCUGUACAUGCAAGGCGCUCGAUGGAUGCCCGUCGAUGAAGCAAGCUCGGCGGGCCAUGUUAAGUCUGUCUCUGGCGUUGAAUGUGCUGGUGUAAUUGUAGAGAGCCGCUCCAAAGAACUUCUGCCCAAAAUGCCAGUGUUGUAUAUCAAGGCGGUCUCCGUUGAACUGAAUUGGGAACCAACUUCGAUUGGAUACCUGAGACCUGAUAUAUACAAUUGCCCCUGCUACUCUACCAGCUUCCGUGGUCCUACAUAUGUAUUCCUUGCGACAUUGGAUACCAAAGAGGCCGCUCUAAAAUGGGUUGUUGCCGGGGUUGCCUUGCUGUUGAGUACGGACGAACAUAUCUGAUUUCGAUGGUUGCCUGUGGGUAGCCCUAGCAAGCCCAAUGGUGCUCACAGCUGACGAGCCACAGAUUCAGGAAGUUUGGGUCAUAUCAUCCAUGUAUAGCGCAGUACCAUCACCACAUGUGCAUCCGGCCCAUCAUGGCAGUCGUCUGGCGUUGCUUGCUCGGUGGGCUCCAGAUGGCUGCAUGCCUUAAUUCGAGCAUGGUAGAGCGCCAAACAAGGCCGAAAGCACAGCGACCAU